UCUCCCCCUGCCGGGCGCUCGGCCUGCCUGAUCGGGAGACUUGUUUAUGUUAUGCGGCGAUUUUGUCGGAUUUCCCCACGAUUGAGAAUCUGUCUUGGAUAAUUGAAGUUUUGUCUGAAUUUACUGCCCUGAGGUGAGACGAAAAGAACUAUUUUUGGGACUAAAAGAUGAAGCUCUCCGACUCGCAAAGCUGUUGAAGUCCGUCCCUAUGAUACGCGACGGGGGGUCAAACGUCACCCCUCACAUGCGCCGCAUCGUCGUUUCCAGAUCGAAAUGUCCUCCCGCAGUCCCAGCUCCUCUCCGGACAUUCUUGGACCACCUGGCGACGCCGAAUAUCUGAUCUCUUCACCGUUUGUCCCCUUCUCCGGUCGCCAAAGCUUCAUGUCGCCGGCGAACUUCCGCCUCCUCCAAAGCCCGCGGACGGCGAAGAGCAAAAGGCGGUCGCGUGUUAGUUUUAGUCCUUCAAAAAAGGCCCACUCCAUCAAGUUUAACGAUGUUGUCCUUCCUGCCUCCCCGACGAUGAAACUGAACGGCCAGCAAAGUGGAAUGUCACCGGAUACCGUUCAGCCUGAUGGAAACGUCAGCCCGUGGAGGAUUCGCGUGACACUCGAAGCGACACAAGACGAAAAUACAAACCAAGGGAGUCCCGUGCGGAAACGUUUAAAACCCUCGACGACAACGAUGAAAAUACCCCUCAAGGAUGAUACAGAACAGACCCCACGCAAACGCAGAGGGCGCCCGAGGAAGUCGGACACAUUGGUGCAGGAUGCGACUCCGCGCCCAGGUAGCCCAGGCCACACCCCGGGCCCUGGAGGGACAGGGCAGAAGAGAAAACGAGGACGACCAAGGAAAAGUCAACCAGAUUUACCUCUGGCUGAACAACCCGUGGAUUAUCAAGAGAAUGAACCGGAAGCUCCCAUCGUGGAGCCUGAGCGGAGCUGGAGUCCUUUGAACCUUGCAGCAGAUAUGGGAUCUGACGAUGAUAUUCCGGGCGAUCAAGGGCUUGAUUUUGGCAACACUUCCGCACAUGACGACCGGAUGGCACAUCCUGAUUUGGCCGAUCGAAACUCUCCUCGGGUGACAUUUGAACCAACAUUUGACACCCCAAACGUUGAGAAUGUGGACCAAGGUUUUACAGAGAAUGACGAGUACAAUCUAAACUCAACCCCGUCCAAAAUGCCCUCUCCGAUUCGGGAUAGCCAGAUCAUCUCCCCAACAAACACUCUGCACGCCGGCCGCACUCCGAAAGCACCGCGGAUUUACCCCACACCGACCUCGUCAUCAGUGGCUGAAGAAGAGAAGACGGAGCAGGCUCAGAGAACACAUGCAACUCACACUAGGAAUCGCCGUGAAAGCGGGCUUUACCCCACGAUUGAUCCGACUGAAGAGCACAGAGAGUUUGACUCCAUAAUGGAAAGUGAAGGGUUUAGCAUGGUUUCGUUGGAUACAUUACCAUCAGCGAAACAACAUGAGCUCAAGAAAUCUAGCCACCAGCAAGCAGCCAAGAGCGCACUUAAGCCUUUCAUAGAGCGAGAAUCGAAUGGCGUGUUGAAGCGAAGAGCUUCGGCUAUCAACCAGAGUCACGAAGAGCAUACCUCCAACCGAAAAGCACAGCUGGACUCUAGGUCAAGGGACCAGUCACCGGCUCAGCUUCCCCCUCAGUCCGGUGGCGCUGAUAGCUAUCUGCACCAUCCUUCAUCAGAAAGCAGGCUAAGAUCUGCCAGAAAGGUAUCUGGAUUAUCGGCCACUGCGCUGCAGUCGACUUCCGCUCGACAAGAACGAGGGCCGUUGGCUAGACUUGUCCGGAUAGUCCGUGCAGGCUUUGCUCUCGAGGGGCCUCUUAGAAAGUCAGAGGAAGAGCACAUUUCGCGCCAGUCAGGUUCAAGAGUAGCAGACUCGUCAGAUUCCAUGUUGGAUGCGUCUAGGAAACGACUGGAGCUUCUUUUUGGUGACUUCGCCCCAGAAAUACAAAAGGAGCUACGGGCAGGCUUGGCAUUUGGGCAGGAACUUGCAAAGAGACGGAGACAGAGCGAUAUGGAAAGGCGCAUACAGACUGGGGUAGGAGAAGUAACUGCUAGAAAAAUACCCGGGAAAAACAGGGAAGCAAGUGGAUCCAGGUCACCACAGCGAACGGUGGGUGAGGCAACCCACUAUGAUACCCCGGGUACGUUUAUGAGACGGCGGAUGGAAGAGUGGCAGCGGGAGAGGGAGGCUAUCAGUCGAGAGAUCCAGAUGGCGAAUUCUAGCCAGGUCAUCGUCCUUGACAGCGACGAUCACGAUCAAUCGAACAUCCAAGGUGACAGGUAUGAAGACGAUGACGAGCGCGAAUAUGAGCGAGAAUCCAUCCCUGAUGGGGGCGCGCACGUAGAAGCCGAACAUUUGGACGACGACGAGGAGGAGGAGGAGGAGGAGGAGGAGGAGGAUGAUGAUGAUGGAUACGAAGACAUCUGGCAGCAAGAAGCCCAUAGUCAAGGCCACCACUCAGAUCACUCGUCGCUGCUUGAAGCCGACAACACUGAUAUGCACCCCGGGCAGGAUGAGUCUAGCCCAUGGAGGAGUGGCUGGACCCCUGCUCGAAAUCAGAACGGCAAGAUAAUUUCGCCGGCUCAUUGGACAACCGAGCAAGAACAAGUGCCGUUUUUGGGCCGGUCAAGAGUCAAACAGCUACAGGAGCAAGAAGUUGACCUGACAUCUCUGUACCGCGCUCAGGACACACCGAAGCGCAACCACUACUAUUAUGGGAAAAGCAGUCCUUUGAACAGCACAAUACGAGGCUCUGUACGCCAUUCAUCAGUAUCUCCGGUACAGGAGGAGGUCUAUGAGCAUGUGUCUGACCAGGAUGGACAGUCGGUGGACUAUGUGGAAUCGAGCCCUCACCGGGACUCCGACGAGGAGACGUUUCAGAUUGACCCGACGACUAGAUUGGAACUUGCCAGACAGCGCCAUGAGCCUGACAUGGACGAUGAUGAAGUCGGGAGUGAGUUUGAUGCCGCUGUAGCCGAGAGACAGCCCGCUCCAGAGGCAGGUGACAUCACCCCCGAGAAUCCACGGCAUGCCAGCCCUAAUGAUCAAGCAUCAUCCUGGUUCCAGAGGAUCACCAAUUUCACGCCGGGGUGGCUCCGAGCACCGACUUCUGAACAACAAGGGCCCCCAAGUGAAAAGUCUUCGGGCGACGAGAAAGUUGUUGAACCGCCCACCGUUGAGCCAACGCAUGAUAGUGGUGAUCAUGGUGAUGAAAUCAACUGGGUGGAUUUGGAUGAGACCCCACGACCGCACCAAUUUGGGGAGCCAGAGGAUGAGCGACAGAGUUUCUCUAGUCCCGAGUCUUUCCAAGUGGUCGGCGAUGUGCAGGCUUCAUUGGACGAAGGAGAAGAAGAGAGAGAAGGGAAAGCGGAGGCACAGACGCCGAGAGACCAAUCACCGUUUUCUGCUUCCGUGUACUUUUCGAACGACCACUAUCGCUUGCUGCAUCAUCUCUAUCGCUCGGCAAAGCUAUAUCCUGAGCGCUUCCCUUACCACCCGGCUCCUGGUCGCUCCGAUAUGAUCGGCGACUGGAUCUGGACCUCGGAUGGAGUCUAUGGAGUCCCGGUCACAGAGCUUCAAUUUGCGAUCAUUGACAGAUUUGCACAGCAGUUGUCCCAAGCCGAUAUGAAGGCAGGCGGAACGGGUCAGAUCAGUUGGACAGAGGCUGACGUGCACAGACGAUUGAUCAGUAUCAUUAUUGGUGAACAGAUCAGACAAGAACGGAAGCAGCAGCUCCACGAGGAUCGUUUGAGAGCCGAGAAUUCGCGAAACAGGGACGCAGCCUACGAGACGUGGCGCAUAUGACUUCUCAAACCUGCACGUCGCUUGGCCUCUGCCGCCUGAACUCGUUUUUCCGAAACACAGUCUUUGCUGGCGCAUAGACCAGCACACGUUGUAACGACUUCUAUUCUUGUUUUUCUAUGGGUACAUUUUAUUUCCGGGUCUUUACGGGUGGCGAACCAACGGAUUGGAUCUUGGUGG